AUGGUGAGCCUCCAAACCAUCCAAGCCCAUAAUGCGACUCUCAAAUCCCUAGCCCCAGGUCUCGUCGCGGUGUUCGUCGGCGGCACCUCCGGCAUCUCCCUCUCCACGGCCCUCGCCUUGGCCCGUCACACCCUCUCUCCCAAAAUCUACCUCAUCGGCCGCAGCCAGUCCGCCGCCGACGACGCCAUCGCCUCCAUGAAGACCAUAAACCCCUCCGCCCAACCUACCUUUCUCCAGACCGACAUAUCCCUCCUCAAAAACGUCGACAGCGUGUGCGACGAGAUCGCAGCCAAAGAAAAAAAGCUUAACCUGCUCUUUAUGACACCCGGAUAUAUGACGCUGAAAGGCCGGGAUGAGACGGCGGAAGGCUUGGACCGCAAAUUCGUGCUGCAUUACUACGCGCGGAUGCGAUUCAUCACCAAGUUGCUCCCCCUCUUGACCGCAGCCGCAGAAGACCCCUCAGUCAACGCCAACGCCAGACUAUCCCGCGUAGUCUCCGUCCUAGACCCGCAGGUCUCUGUCCGCGCUGGCGGCUCAGGCACGCUCGACUUCUCAGACCUCAGUCUCAAGCACACCUUUAGCCUCCAGACGUGCCAAGCGCACGCCAGCCUAAUGGGCGAUUUUUUCCUAGAGGGAAUGGCGCAGCGACACACGCAUACUAGCUUUGUCCACGCAUACCCCUCCGGCGUGGCCACAGGUCUGAUGCGUGAACUGCCGGUUGGACGCGUGCUGUCGUCUGUGCUAGGGACGCUGUUGAGUCCAUUUAUGGUGCCGAUUCAGGAGAGUGGGGAAAGGCAUUUGUUUGCGGCGACGAGUGGGAGGUUUCCACCGAAAGCCGAGGGGGCGAAGAUGGAAGGGGAUGUCGCGGUUGGCAGUGAUGGGACGAAGGGGAGUGGUUGUUACUGGGUGAAUUGGGACGGGGAGGUGUUCCCGGCGAACAAGAAAUUAGGGAGGACGAGGGGGGAGGGCGCGGUGGAGAAGGUGUUGCAGCAUACCGACGACGUGUUUAAGCAGGAAGGUCUUUGCAGUGGAAUCGAGAUUAGGAGGCAUGCGGCUGCCGACCUUGAAGAAGUCGGUGCGUUCAGGGCCCAGGAAGACUGGCGCCGCUUGGUUGGGCCCCUAGAGAACCCUUUCAGGGGUGGCUUGGGCCCACAGUUUAGUUUCAUAACUGUCGCAGUACCCGAGUGUCUCCCGGAUAGGCUGGAGAUUACCAGUUAUGCGCUUGAAUUUGGUUUCAUCCAUGACGAUAUCAUUGAUAAAGAAAUCCAAGACGCAAACCUGGAGGAGGUAGAACAGGCCUUGGAACAGGGCGGACAGACUGGCAAGAUCGAAGAGAAAGGUGGCUCCUCUGGAAAGCGUAAAAUCGUUGCCCAGAUUCUCCGCGAGAUGAUGGCAAUCGACCCCGAGAGAGCAAUGGUUGUCGCCAAGAGCUGGGCCACUGGCGUCCAACAUUCGAGUGCUUUGAUGUGGGAUACGGGUAAGUCUCCGGCACCCACCAACGACCUUAGCAUCCUAGGUCAAACCUAUCUACCCGGGACUAAUUUUAUCCUGCUAUCAAGGCUCUGGCAUGGCCUUGUCGCGUUUAGCUGCGCUAUUACUAUCCCCGAGGAAGAGGCCGAUGAGGCGAGAGAGCUUCUCAUGCCUGCUGUGAUCACUGCCUCUCUCACCAACGAUCUAUUCUCCUUCGAGAAGGAACGCAACGAUACUAACGUCCAGAACGCCGUCUUGGUUGCCAUGAGGGAGCACGGCUGUAGCGAAGAAGAAGCCAGAGAAAUUUGCAAAGAGCGCAUCCGUGUCGAAUGCGCCAAGUAUGUCCGCACGGUCAAGGACAUCAGGACGCGGACAGACCUCUGCGAUGAUGUGAAGAGAUACAUUGAGGUCAUGCAGCACACCCUUUCAGGCAAUGUUGCUUGGAGUACUCAGUGUCCGAGAUACAACGAAGGAGCUAAGUAG